UUGCACUUAAAACUCCGAAAUAAACGAGGCAUUCUUCUUCGCACGAAUUAUUUACAAGCACCUUCCGGGAAUCCUCGACCAAAUGAGCCCCGAAAAGGUUUCCCGCAAACAAAAAUAUUUAAUUUUCCGUUCGAUUUACAUCCGAAAUACGUCGUACAUCGCCUUUGGAAGUCCAUUCACUCUUCGCGAUUGGAUUUUAGUGCCUUCACCGGCGGCGCGAUUGUAAGAACAUGCACCACCCCCUCCUGUCUCGUUAACUCAAAUCAGUGUAUGUGGUAUAUUCGGUUCCGAACCGAAGUUUUCAUUUUCAACUUUACUCUUUCAAGUCUUCGUUCGCGAGAGCCGCGCGACUGGCGACAUGGUCGGCACCGGAGGAUUUAUUCGCUUCAUAAACGAUCUCGCCGCCGUUUCUAA